AUGGCUGCCUCACGACGCUCAAAUUCUAGGGAUUCCAGCAAUGAUGGUGACCUUCUGACACCAGAUGACCCAGAAGUGCCAUCCGAUGUCCAUGAGAAACCAGAGAACGGUCGCAAUGAAGCCGAAACAACGGAUGAAGCCCCGGCAACGUUAGAGAGUGCCAACACGCCGUCUUCCAUCACCGGAGGAAAUGAUUUGGGGCCCAUUACGGACACGCUGGAAUGCUGUCGCAAUGUGGACAUUUAUAAAUGCCUAAACAAAAUAUCGGAAGGCACUUAUGGCUCGGUGUACAGGGCGCUAGACACAGAAACUGGGGAGAUCGUGGCGCUGAAGCACAUCAAAUUCCAUGAGGCGCACUGGAAAGAAGGGUUUCCGGUCAGCUAUUUGCGGGAAAUAGCCAUACUGCUCGAACUCAGGCACCCGAACAUCCUCAGCGUCAAGGAGGUGGUGACCAAUGAAAGGAAGGACCAGUACUAUAUGGUCAUGGAGUACGUUGAGCACGAGCUCAAGACGCUCCUGCAUGAGCGGAAACCCGACUUCACGUUGUCGGAGCGCAAGUGCCUUCUGAACCAACUGCUUAUGGGAGUUGCCUACAUCCACGAGCAUUGGGUACUCCACCGAGACCUCAAGACGACCAACAUCCUGUACAAUAAUCGAGGCGUGCUCAAAAUCUGCGAUUUCGGAAUGGCGCGCAAAUUCGGGCAACCAAUCAAAAACUACACGCAAAAUGUAGUCACGCACUGGUACAGAGCGCCGGAGCUAUUCCUGGGACAAGAGAAGUAUACCGAAGCUGUCGACGUGUGGUCAGUGGGGUGCAUAUUCGCAGAGAUAAUCAGUGGAAAGCCCUUAUUCACGGGGGUGAACGACUCGGACACGCUAGACAAAAUAUUCAGGUGCUGCGGUUCGCCCACAAAGGAGAACUGGCCGGAUUACACGAAACUGCCAUUGGUGAGAGACGGGCGAUUCCCGCUUACCAGCUACAAACCCAACUUCCACACAUAUUUUAAGAACAAUAUGGGUGCAAAUGAGGGGUGCUACAUGACUGAGUUGGGAAUGGACCUGCUCAUGAAGAUGCUCACGCUAGAUCCUAGCAAGCGCAUAUCGGCAAAGGACGCCCUCGACCACCCAUACCUCACAACGGAGAGGCCUAGAACGCAGACCGUCGAGCUCAUGCCAACAAUACCAGACACCAACGCCAAACUGCGCAGAAAACGCGAGCCGGAGGAGCAAGACGAUGAGGCGGGUAGAGAGUCGCGGUUCAUGGGCAGAGUUAACCCUGUGAAGUUCCUCGCAUUAAUGGAGAAGGCCAGAUCCAAGCAGGGUAGGCACUAA